AGAACUGGAAGGCUUUCUCUUUAGACGGAAGCAUCACUUCUAAUCACCCCCAACACACGCUGGUGACUUUAGAAAUAGAAAGUGGUCCUGGAACUACUUGUUCAACCAUGGACGUGUCUCUUGGGAUCUGGCCUGUGUUGAUUGGGUUUCUUUGGCUAUUUUCAGCUCUGCCCGUCCAUGGCCGCGGAGACACGUUUGAAGCAGAGCACCUUGAGGGGCAGGAGGGCAGGAACCCAUCCGAUGACAUACUUGACAUCAAUCAAGCACUGAUCCUUCCAGAGGCACCAGAAAGCAGCUUUCUGAUGGAGGGGGACAUCAUCAAGGCAAGUCCCUUCAGACUCUUCUUCUCUGCCAAUCCAAGGUGGCCGAAGAAGAGAGGAAUUGUCCAGAUUCCAUAUGUUAUUUCCUACAGAUACGAUAAAUCUACCGUGAAGAUAAUCCAGGAAGCGUUUGAAGACUUCGCAAGGUUUACAUGCAUCAAAUUUGUCCCUUAUUCCUAUCAGAGGGACUUCAUCUCUAUUGCUCCGCUCUCUGGCUGCUUCUCCAGCAUUGGACGCGUUGGUGGGAUGCAGGUGGUCUCGCUGGCUCCAGCUUGCCUCCAGCGGGGGAAAGGGGUGGCGCUGCACGAGCUGAUGCACGUCUUGGGUUUCUGGCAUGAGCACUCAAGAGCGGAUCGAGACAAGUACAUCAGCAUCUCCUGGAACGAAAUCUUGACCGGUUUUGAGAUGAACUUCAUGAAGUCGUGGAACACCAAUAUGCUGGUGGACUAUGACUAUUCCUCGGUCAUGCACUAUGGCAGGAAUGCUUUCAGCAUGACCGGCUUACCUACCAUCAUCCCACUCUCCGGCUCUUCCACUCCUCUUGGUCAAAGAUGGAACCUAAGCCAGUCAGAUAUUGCUCGAGUGAACAAGCUCUAUAAGUGUUCUCAGGUUGCAGCACAGCCAGAAGCAUCAACGGAGAGGGUCAUCAGGGAGAAUAUGAUGGAUUUCAUUCCAAGUGAGCCUCCGCCCUGCUCAGCCUUGAGCAAAGUGGACACCUCAGCUGCACAGACUUUCAGCGCCGUUGCAUCUGCUACAGAAAUGGCCCCUGCUACCCAAGAGACCCUGGGGACCCCAGGGCCAUCCAGCAGUAAGGCUGUAGGUGGAGGCACAAGUGUUCCUGAAGACCACAUGAAGAUAACUUGGCUACCUGGAAAGGAGAACCAGAUGCAGACCAAGGGGUCUCCAGAGACCUCUGGUGAAGAAAAGGUCAGGGGCGAGUUUCCUGCAGUUACAGAGAAGAUGCCACAUGACGAAACCCAGUCUAGGGAAAUGGAGAUUCCAACAACUGUCGGUGCAUUGAAGAAGACUUCUGUAACUCCACCGAGCCCCACCAGUAGACCAAGGGAGCUGGGAAGACAGCCUCCAAGCUAUCGGGGGGCCUCCUUCACAAAUGAGCCGAGUCUCCACGAAGCAAGGAAAGGAACAGCGGCCAAGAUGGAAUUUCUGCCUUCAUUUCUGACCAAAGGCCCAGCCCUUUUCUCCGCAGAUGUGGUCCAAGGACCAACAAGAAGGCCUGGGAGGAAAGAAACGGAGGAAGAGUUUUCUAGACCCACGAGAGCCAUGCCCCGAAAGCAUGGUACAGAAUUGCCCACUGCUUUGGAAAUGGGUAGCUCGCUGGCAACAGGAAGCCGUGAGCCUGAGGUUGAAAGUGGCUCUCCAAACCCAACUGAGGGCUAUAGCUUCUCCAUGCUAGAAGAGGACCACGAGGAACGACCAAGAAAGAUGGACCGUCAAACCAUAGGCAUCUCUGGAAAUGAAACAGACCACCCCACCCAUACCUCCCCAGUGGGGAGUUCUUCUUACAAGACCUUUGCUUUGAGAGUCUCCAGGAACCUGGCCACAUCUUCCAGGGCUGUGGAACUGGAAGAAGAAACCCUGGGCUUUGCUAAUGUUCCUACCCAGACUAGGAUGGGGGAAGAGGCUGUAGAAAGCUCAGAUGGCCGUCAAGUGAGUAUGCUGCCAAGCGUGUGGUCCUCUGGUGGGAGAAAACAGGGUGCAAGAACUAAAUUGGAACAUGAUGAGCCUCCUGGCAAAGAAUCUCUUGCAAGGGUAAAGGCACCAGGAAACCACCUUGAUUGGGCUACAGGUGGAACUCCAUCAGUUCCUUGGGCUGUAGUCACAGGUCGUGUUGCUGCUUCAAGGCAAAAGGAGGCAACUGUCUCGCGGGGAAACUCUGCAGGUUAUUCUUUGGAAGAGGAACCAUUUUCCCUGGCACCUGCUCACAGGGCAAGGAAGGGUUACAGAAGGGUGACAUUUGCUAAACACACAACUAUGGGCUCUGUCUUUGUGAAAGCAGAGGGAUGGACCCCCGGUGACCAUGUGGACUUGCCAAGCCAAGUUUCCACUUUAGAGGAAUGGACUUCACCAGUAACGAAAAGCAACCAGGCGACACGUCCUAUGGAGGGAACACGUCUACCUCGGCCUCCAAGCCCAAAGACAGCUGGACUAAGGUCCACAGUUUCAUGGCCACAGUCGAGCAAUAGGGAAGGCUCCAGCCCUACUGCCUUCUCUGUGGGAUGGGAUCCACCUCAAGGGGCACAAGGAGGGGAAAUAGAACAUGUCAUGGAAGCAGCCUCCACUGCAAGACGGGAGAAGCCGACUGCAGGGCAAAGGACCCACGGGAGCCGUGAGGGAGAACUUGGCACUGAACCCUCCGAAGAAGCCAAGACUCAUGGAAAGCAGAGUCUUCAGGGACUGUUGUCCACUGAGCCGUUGAGGAGCCCAGGGCCCACCGAACCUGGGCAAUGGACAGCAGGAAAUCAGAGGCAGCCCUCCCCUCCCCUCUUCACUGGAGAAGGGCAGGAUCGGAUACAAAGCCGGAGCCCAAGUGGGCUGAGAACAACGGUGCCUCUAAGACAAUGUGGGUCCUUCUCUGGGACAAAGGCUCCACUUAGGGAAGGCACUGCCAAGAGAAAGGUCUCCUUGCAUGCACAGCUAAAACCAGGAGCUACAAACGGAGAAAGGCGAAGGCAAGGAACCAAAGAACAGAGCUUUGCUUUGGAAGGGAAGCCUCUCCCGGUGACAGAGGCAGGCACCAGUCUCAGCUGGGUGAAUGGCUCCCACAACUUGAGAGGGAGAGAAAGAACCGGCCAUUACGCAGGGGUCCUCAAAGAAGAGACAUCAUCUGCAAGGAGGAUUGAACUGACACAGACACCAUCAGAGAAGAGGCCUCAAGGGAAUCCAAGCGGUCAAGCACCUGCUGAAUCCACUAGCACCGGUCCUUCCCAUUUCUCCAUCGUCUCAGUUCUUAGGAAGCCAGCUUUGAAACCUCCCUCAGGCUCUUUGUCUUUCCUGGGAACAGAACCGGUGAUGAACUCAGAGAGCCCAGCUCCACAGUCCCUGCAACGAGGCCCUGAGAAGAGAGUUGCCUCUACAGCCAGCGUAGCAAUUCCACCUGCAGCAAGAAGACCCUCUGAGCCAGGAAGUGUCAGAGAAGAGACGGCGUCCCUCCAGGGGAGACACUGGGUGACAAGGCCAAGUCAAGAUGUCAUACCUGGGAGAAGUGGUGCGGAGUCAACCUUGCAGCCCAAAACAUUAGCUCACAUUCCUACUGAAGACACAGAUCUCUUCCUGACUCCUGGCUCCCUAGAGCUUCCCCAGCUCCCGAAGGUCAGUGAGGGAUCUUCUGGUAGCCACGAAAGAACAGAGUUUCUGCCGUCUGCUGGGACGUUUGUAACUGUGGGCACUUCCGUGGCCCCGUACUUGACCAGGGCUAUAUCUCCAGAUUUUGGAGCAGGCCAGUCAAAUGCACCUGUUGGUUCCAAAGAGGCCACAAAUACGAUUUCCAGGGAAAGAGGAGACACCGCAAUGGAGACUGGCGCUAGUAUUCCUCUGUUGGUGGAAAGACACGGGACACUUUCUGCUGGAGGUUCCGUCCUGGGAUCUCACGAGGAGCACGUUGCGAUGAGCACUCCUCCAACCCACCAGCGUGAACUUCAGACUGCAGUUGGGUCCCUGGAGGAAUCUAUCCAGGAGACAACUGGAUCAAACAGCACAAAGCUGAUCUCGGGGGAGAAAGGAGAAAAUCUCACACUGAAAAGUGGCAUAUAUAAAUCUGAAAUAUCAACGGCUGCCAUAUAUACAAGGAUUGAAGUCAAAGAUUCUAGACAGACUGGUUUUGGAACCCUGAACAUGGGUGGAUGGGACUCACCGCAAUCAACUUACUUUAAUUCCACUGAGGACACAGGAAAAUUUAUAACUGUUCAUGAGGAGAAAUGGUCCACACAGAACACUGUUGGUCCCACGAGCAAACUCCAUUCUGGUGCUUCCAUGAUCCCCGGCUCAAAGACUCAAUUGAGGGAAGUGACCACCUCGGUUCCUGGUGUCCAGAAGCCUCUUGGCACUGAUAAGGUGGACAGAACAUUUCCUUUGGAGGUCAACGCAGAGGAUGUGUAUUUGAGGGACACAGCACCCAUGGCAGAAGCUACUGUGGCCCUGGGAAUUUCACGGGGGCACCAUCAAACAUCUGGCUCAGUGGGAAAUGGAUUCUGGUCAAAGUACAUAAUGCCACAUGCAACUGAAGGCCCAGAAGAGAUGCAGGAUCCCAGCAGAUUUCCUCUAAUGAACCGGACAUAUGUAGGAAGGAGUAUUGGGGAAAUAAUUCCAUCCUCUAAGGAGCCAUCCAAACAAAUUCCUGAAGCUCAAGUUGUUGACAAGGUGGAGGAAGCCACGAGGAACCCUUGGACCAGAAUGAAGCCAAUGAGCAACAGGGAUUCCUCUGUAGACAAGUCAGGCUCCCUCCAUCAUGUUGCCAAGAGGUCUUUGCUGGAAAUGGUGGGAUUUCCUGAGCAUCUCAGUCCCAGGAAAUUGAAGCUGACAAAAGAAUCUUCCAUGGAGCAGGUGCUUAAAAGAACCUGGACGGCCUCUGCAGGUGGGCUCACACACCUCAUGCCUGUUCCCGGAACCUUCAAGGUACAUGUUGGUCACCCUCUUGUUGGCCAUAAGGAUGGGUCUUUCUCCUCUGAAAAGGUGGCGAAGGCAAUGGAGCCGGCAGAAGCCACAAGGGUGUCCAAAACACUGGGUCUUCUCUGGAGGUUGCCUUCUAAUCUGACAAAGGUUGGGAAUGAUCCAGUGAUCCAUGAAAGAACAGCAAAGGCAACACAGCCUCUCUUCUGUUCCUUCGAGAAGGACUUGUGUUCCUGGAAGCAGAGCACGAAGGAUGACCUGGACUGGGUGCUUGAAAAGGAGGAAGAGCUGCCUGCUGUGCCUGUGGAAGAUGGGUCCACCUCUGGAACACCUUGCAGGACCUCAGGUGGUCACAUUUCCUUGAAACCUUCAGGCCUAGCUCCUAUGCAGAAGGCCAUCCUGAUAAGCCCAGUCAUGAGCGGCGUUGGGUGUCUCAGGUUCUGGUACAACACCACGGAUGCUCACACGGGUGAAAUAAACUUCUAUAUAAAGCUGCUGAAUUCUUCGGAAUGGCACAAGGCGUGGUCUACGAAGGGGGGCCAGGGCCCCAGCUGGCACCAGAUUACUGUACCCAUUACUGAGACAUCAGAGCUACAGGGAGCCCUGGAAGGUGUGGUUGCAACUAGUCCGCUUGGGAUCGAUGAUCUCCUUGUCUGCUGGAAGCCAUGCUGGCAAUGUCACGACACGGUGCCCAGAGUCUUGUGCACCAAGCAAACAGAAUAAACGUCCGUGCUCUUGAA